UGUGGUGCCCACACAAAUUUCAGUGAAGAUGUGGCCAUCAAUGCCCUGAAGCAGUUUGAAUGGAAUCUGGAGGUAGCUUGUGACAAUUACUUCGCCAACCCUGACGCGUUUGCUGUCAAGACCAAGGCUGCCGCGGGCAAGAAGGCGUCGGGUCCUGUCGACCCGGCCAAGAUCGACUCCCUCUUCGAGACCUAUCGCGACCCUGAUUCCGAUGUGAUCGGCAGUGAGGGAGGCAUGGAGCGGUUCUUCGCUGAUCUUGGCGUUGAUCCCGAGGAGCUCGUCACACUCAUCAUCGCCUGGCAGUUCAAGGCUUCCGUUCUGAAUGAGUUUACCCGAGAUGAGUGGAAGGAGGGCCUCACCUACUGGAAGUGCGACGAUAUCCCCAAGCUCAAGGAGAAGGUGCCUGCCUUCAAGGCCCUCCUCCAGGAGCCGCACAACUUCAAGGAGUUCUACAACUUCGUCUUCGCCUACGGCAAGGACACAAGGUCGAAGGGACUUGAUUUGAACAUGGCGAUUGAGCUUUGGAAGCUCAUUCUUAAGGACAAGUUUCACUUCCUGGACAUGUGGAUUGAGUUCCUGCAGAAGAACCGUAAACACUCCAUCUCCAAGGACGAGUGGGCUCUCCUCCUCGAUUUUGCCAACAUGAUCGACAAGGACAUGUCCAACUACAAUGCCGAAGAGGCCUGGCCGGUGCUGAUCGACGAGUUUGUCGAGUAUGGCCGGGCGCAGCUGGGCGACAAGUGA